CAUUGAAGAUAUGAUUCAAAAGGUAGGUCCAUAUGACAUUCGAACUGAGUGACCGAUGGUUUGGCUGAUGCCAGCGGUAACAAAAAAGGCAUAUGAUCGCGCACGUCCCACCCAUUUUCUGUCAUUCCCGUUGUCUUCUCCUCUUAUUACGCGCAAACUGGGCGAGUUCCAAUCAUCCGUAUUGUCUUCUACUUUCCAAUGCAAAGGCAUCGAUCCUUCCAUCAUGGUUUUAUCUGCCAAUUUGCAUCUUACUCUCGGCGUGUUUAAGUUGCUGAAUCAAGCUGAAAUUGAAAAAGCCGUCCGUUUCCUCAAAGACACAAUCCCUGGUGUCAUUGAUAACAUUCUGCAAAAGAAAUUGCUGUCCGUGCAUUUAAAACAGCUGGCUACAAUGCAAACAAAUCAAGCCGAUGCACAUGUUUUGUACGUCCAGGUUCAUGAUGAGACCCAGGAAAAGGUUUUAAAGGAUGUGUGCACGGCCAUCAUUGAUGCCAUGGUAGAAGAAGGUUUCAUGGUCAGAGAUACCCGACCGCUCAAGCUCCACGCUACAUUGAUCAAUACCAGCAACCGAGCUUCCUCCAGCGGCGCAUCCAAAGAUGAGAAGAGACAGCCGUUUGAUGCAAGACCUAUUAUGAAAUCGUUUAGUCAUCUUGAUUUGGGCGUGGCUCAUCUUGACAAAUUGCAUCUUAUGAAAAUGGGACGAACAGGUCCGGGAAAAACUUAUGUGAGCGAAGGAUCAAUUUCCUUGACCCAGUGAUAUCAAUGAACCGUUGCAUUACAAUUUGCUAAAAUACGAAUACGCUACUGAAUAAAUGAGGCUUUGUUUAUAUAUUCCUCCUUAUUUAUCCACUCCACAAAAAUU